UUGUGAAGGGCUAUACUUAGUACACGUGUCACCAGUAGGAUGAGGUUCACAUAUAUCAGACGACUUUUCGCUCUUAUUUUAUCACGUGUGUUUUGUUAUUAAUAGCAAAUAUUGUUAAAUUUUUACUUCCUAAUCAUGCCUCUGUCUCGUGAUCUAUCCCUAGUUUUAGGAGCAGUUCUCGGCAUUGCCGCGGUUUUUAUAGCUCCUUCCACAUCGGAUGUCCUCAGCGAUGAGAAAUCCAGACCGAAAAAAUGCAAUGAUAAUAAGAAUCCAAAAAUUGUCGUCCAAGAUCCAGACAAUAACAUAGUACAUGCCGACGUGCAUCAUGUAAAUGAUCCGAUCAAAUAUUAUGGAGACUCGACUGUGCUGGAUAUAUUCAACAAUCUUAAAACUGAAGUCAUGAAUCUUUUAGACAGUACGGCGGUAAGAAUGUUUAUUCCGGAUGCCGAAAGUUCAAAUACUACUACAAUUUAUGAAGACGCCGAGUCCGAAUUUGUGCCAAAAAAUCCACAGCCUGCUGCAACAGAACCAUCUAAAGAACCUAUUAAUUUCGUACCUGACACUACAAUUUAUAACUCUUUGCCAAAUGAAAACAUAAACACAUCGUGUUCCCAGAAAAAAAGAGUAACAAAGAAAAUUCGAAAAAUUUUGAGUGGAUUAACAGGUAGAAGUGAAGUGCAUAAUCCAAAAGCAGAAUCAACAGCAGUAAUUGAUUCGAAUAGAAGUGAAAAUGAUAGAAGCGGUGUUAUAUUAAGUAUUAAAAAUCCGACAACUCCGGUACGUCGAGUUUUUUCGAAAUGGACAAAUUUGUUACGCAUAAAAAACAAUUCAACAAAAGAUACUGAGCACACAUCCAGACGAGCCCAAUGGUGUGAUUUGCAUGACGGGGAUUGCAAUAAUAAUAACAUUACAUUAUAUUUUUGAAGUUCAGUUACAAGUAUAGUUCAAGUCACGAUAACGUAUAGAAAGUAGCUAAGGUUUUAUAUUAUUUUUUUCAUGCUGAUGGAAUUGUAAUUUUACUCGUUUAUCGCUCUAUUUAUUUUAAUGCUUGAUUACUACAUUAUUAUAAUCCACAACAAGUAACUUAAUGUUAUAGUUUAAAUUUUACACGAUAACAUGUACCAUUAUUGUUUAUACAAAAGUACGAAUUUCGAUGCCAAACAAUAACGUUUAUUGUUACAACUAUAAGUACGCUUUUAGCGAAACGUUCGAAUUUCAUUCAUAACUUCCUCGUUUGAAUGACUUUAAUGAUUCAUUUGACAAACUCACUUCUUGCCUACUCAGUCUGAUAAUUGCCAGUUAGUUUUUCUAAUAGUAAUAAGUAAAGCAGUUUUGUGAAUGCCGUUACUCAAGUAAUCUAUUUGCUAUCAUUUCUUCCUUAGACCUGUAACAACUUUAACCUUUAAAAUCAAUUUUUAUAACAUCUACAAAGCAUUGGAAAUGCAUAAAUAACGAAAGGCUUUGAUUUAAAAAGACGAAGUAGGCACUUUUUACUUAUUUAGAACUAAGAAGUUUGAUAGCUCGCAAUGGAUUACAAUUAACGUGCUAGUUUUCCCGUCUUGCAUCAAUAGUAUUUCAAGUACUACGAUAUUUGAAAUACAUUUUAUUCAACAAUAAUACAACGAUACCAAGUGCUGCAGUGUGUUGGGAUAUCGUAUAUAAUCAAAUGCGAUACUCUAACUUGGCACACAGCGCUAAUGUGUCCUUACUAUCACCCCCAACAACAAUCACCUCGUACACACAGACAAUAACAAGGCAAGCUGCUGAAAAUCGAUAAACAAUCAUUAAAGUCAGUCAGCGAUACCGCCGAUGCAAUAAAUCAUCGAUCGGUCUGCACUUAAUCUUACAAUCUCUCUCAAAGCUUAUGUCUUUGGCGGGAGAGUAAUAUACAUCUAGUCGUAAUAACGAAAUAUAAAUUCCAUCGUAUCGAAUCGUAAAUCGGCUGUGACAGCCCACGGCGCUAGACAUCCGUCGGACAUACUGCGCGCGGGGAAAAGCCAACCCCGACUUUCUGCUGUAAAAAGAAAGAGAGAGAGAGAGAGAGAGAGAGAGAGAGAGAGAGACUCGGCGACAACCGGUUUUUCAUCCAUCUCUUCGUCAGUCACUUAAGCGCAUUCUAACCAAGGACGUUGAGUUGUAUUAGCGAUAUACGCGAUCACGAGCCCUCAACACAUUUUUCGGUUGCAGCUCGCACCCAGUCAAGUGCGAGUUACCGAGAGGCGUUUCCAUAUAUAUCGAGAUUCGAUCAUUUUUUUGCAUUUGUUUGUUUUGCGAUUCCGGUAUUUUACUCGGCGGCGACGCACGACCGGUUUGCGCGUAUAAAGGAAUUCUGCGAACGAAGCAGACGGUUGAUGAUCGGUCAUUUUGUAGAACAAUUUUUUUUUUAUUAUAUUUUGUAGUCUCUGAUUAUCGAAUUCGAAUUGUUGUCCGUAAGACGCUAUUGUGCAUUUGUAUCUAUUAACCAGGAUUUUAUUUUCUAAUGUCAAAGCGAGAAUUUUUUAAUAAUAUGAUGAUGCGUAAUUAUAAAUAAAUUAUAAAGCGUCCAUAUGAUGUAUACUUUCUGUAAUUUGUGAUUUUCUUUUAUUAAAAGAAUAAUUCUUUAAGAAACUUAA